AUGACACAUUGGUUAUAUGGCAUGACAAAGGUUCAUUGAGGCUGACCAAAAUGAGAACGACUGAUGAGACUCCCAGUCAAGGAAUUUGGAAGGGAUUUGAUAGGCCACCGGUGGACUGUCCCCCAAACACUUGAAUUUCAAAUAGCUCUUCCGAAGACUGACAAAGAAAGUGUGAACGUCCAAUGAGAAGCCACCGAGGCGAUCGAAAGCGCGCUACUCCCCUUGACGAUUAGCGCCUCACACUUAUCGGCCGCCGGCUAAGGAAGCUACCACAUAAUCCAUAACCCGUUCCUAAAUCUGGGGCUUUGUGACUACGUAAGGAGGUAAGGCCAGAGCACAUCCAUAAUAAUUUUAAUUAAAGAUAUUCCAUCAUUUGCGACACAAGGAAAAACGUCCUCGAACCCUUCAUACUCUACAGUCUCUCCUUUCCCCCCUUUGAAUUGAGGAUAUAUCAAUUGCUGCCAUGAAGUAUGGAGCCAUCUCCUCUUACUCAACAAGCUCGUCCUGAAGUAUUCCAACAAAAGAUUGUAGAGUUGUACGAGGCUCUAUUCAAGGAUGAAGACGACCCUGACAAAUCGGAAGGCUUUUGGAAGGAAUUCUUUCUGUUGCGACCAAAUAAAGCCACAUUGCAAACUAUUCUAAAUCAAUUAAGUGCAGACGGCUUGCUGCAUCUUCAGAUACAAACUAGGCAAUUGUUCUCAAGGGCAGUAGGAUGUAUAAAGGCAGGAAAUCACCCAGCAGAUGCACAUGCGCUUGAUACCAUCACAGCCUUCUUAGCAGCCGUCCUUUCAAAGAAAUAUACAAACCCAAGUUCGGAUAUAAUAAGCGUUCUUGCAGGUCUAGAUCAUGUAGAUGGGAUAUUCACAGAUUUUGUUGCUGCAUUAGACGUCACAAUUCGAACAGGGAGGAAUUUGGAUAUACGUCGGAAAGCUAUUGAAGCAGCAUUAUCAGUUACAUCGGGCGCAUAUCAAACUAGUUUACUUUCUUAUUUCACGCAUCGGGACCUUUUCCCUUCUCUUAUGAAAUUCAUUCAAGAUUCAGAUACCACUUCACUCACCUUCGAACCAUUUACUCUUCUAGGACUUUUAGUUAAUUACAACAAAUUCGAAUUUCAGAACCCUUACAGAUUACGACUUGAUGAUUUUGUUAAUGAAGGAACUAUACAAAAAAUAAUUCGCUCGGUGGGCCAUACAUGUACGACAUCCAGGGCUAAAUAUAUUGCGAUUCAAGAUGAUAUACCGGAAGUAUGGUCAAUUGGGAGUACCUUGAGUAUGUUAGGGUUGGGAGCAAUUGCCCCUGGUUCUAAACCAACGGCUCCAGCCCUUGAUCCAGAUGUUGCAAAGGAAAUGUUCUCGAAAUUACCUGGCAGCGAAGCCGCUGUUCUGCUGGCUACAUACGAUUUUGCGCAUGCGAACAAGCUAUUUUGCUUUAAUUUAGUAUCGAUACCCGUGGAGAAAGGAGUCGAACACCCUCUCAGUGCCUAUCUAUCAUAUACCUCAUACAUACUUCAACAUGCACACCUAUCCUCCCGAACCGGUUUCUAUGCACGUACCAACCUUAUCGUUCUCCGCAUACUGAUCGAAGAUCAAGUACUAUGCAAAAAGAUAUGCAGCGAGGAAAGCAAAAUGCCCGUCCGAUUAUGCCGACAAAGACAACCAUUUUUACCUUUGGUUCGCGCCGAUAGAAUCUUUGCUGCUUAUAUGUUGGAUGUUGCGAUUGAUGCUAUAAAUCAUAAUCUUCGAAAGAGACUAGACGUGGAUCUCUAUAUUCUAUGUGUGGGCAUCAUCUUACGAAUCAUUUCACACCUUUCACGAUCUCGAACACGCCUCACGUACCACUGGUCUGAACUUUUCCGAUCCCUACUUGCACUCGUGCGAUUCCUUACCACUUAUACAACGGAUCUGAAGAACCUCCUUAACAUUGAAAUACUUCUUGAUGACCUGGUCAACCUCAUUGCGUUAUCAUUAUCUGCCGGAGAAGCAUUCUUGCCCAGUCCCGCGGCAUACGACGACUUGUUUUACAAAUUGGUAGAAACUGGGGAGGUACUGGUGAAAUUCCGAGAUAAUUACAAUCUUGGGAAACGACCAAAGAGUUCAAUAGAUACAUUGAUCAGUGUCACUACACACUAUAACCAAUUACUUACGGAUGGAUCAACUGGAAAGAGGAAACAUCUUACGAGCGCGCAAGUUGCGGGGGUAAUCAAGCAAGGAUACGAAACGUUGAGCAUUCAAGCUAAAGAGGGACUGGAUGGAUGGGAAAAAUAUAGAGAAGCGGAUGAGAAGACAUUCUUGAAGAAGAUGGCUAGGACGGCUGUGGCAGAUGUCAAAGUUCUUGUUAGUGAAAUUUAAUCUUGAGGGAAGAUACCACGGAUUGUAUAUUAAUUCAACGAUUUUACCUUGUGUAUACCCAUGUACUUUUAAUUAUCAAAACCUUAGCAGAAUGAUACCUUCAAUUAAAGUUUCUGGCCA